AUGUCCAUACUACGCUCAAGCUUGAGUUGUCCGGUCGUCAGAGUGAAUUACCGAUGCGACAAAACCCAUCGGUAUCCAACAGCGAUCCACGAUGUAACUUCAGCCCUCGACUUCAUUGUAUCAAAUCUGCUUCCCAGGCGAGCAUUGGUCCGACCAGGUCGAUCGCAGCACACCGGCAGGCUGGCCAUCUGCGGUGAGCUUCUUGGCGGCCAGCUCGCCACAGCCAUGGCUCUCACCGAAUGCCGUAUUGGUGAGCCUGGCAUUGUGGCCGCAGCCGUGUCAAAUCCUAUUGCAGACUGGACAGCGCUUGAUAUCGAUCCCUUGUCCGAUGGGGCGAAACGAUCAAAAUCUGAAGUGGAACAGCUCAACUUGGAGGAACUAUGCGCUCAAAGAGAUGUUAUUUUCAGGAAGCCUGAACACUAUUUCGAUCCCUUCGCGUCGCCUACAUUGUUCUUUCGGUCCCCUGGCGUUCAUGUCCCAAAGCAAACAGACCAGCAAAUCCUGGACGACAUGGAUCAGCUGGCACUAUUUGGGCGCGAACAAUAUGUGGGACCAGAGUCUAUUAUCAAUGCGUCGCCCGUCAAAGAUGCGCCCAAGUCCCGCGAAGGAGAAGAAUCGCCAUCCACGACGAGACGGACUUCGGAACGAUACCCGAGCAAGGCCUUUAAUCUACGCCUGCCAUCAUUCCGCAUUACCGCGGGUUUGGACAAUGCCAUCGGUGCCCAAACAGCUGAGCUCGCCAAGCUGCUCAAGCAAAGUUUUGCAAGGCAGAGCAGAACGACAGCAUUCGGUAUCAAGUCCUCAUGGGAAGAUGAAUGGGCAGCACCGGACACGGGCAGGGUCAUUCAUCAGAUGUACGCCGGAAUGGGUCUGUGGAGUGCGACGCAUGAAGGAAAGGCGAGGAUGACUGAAGCUGCCAGAUGGCUGGGGCAAGAGCUGCAAUGA